UUCAUUUUCGAACAGACAUGGCUGCUGUAGUUAAUACGGGCUCCAAAUUCUUGAAGCCCCAAUCUGGAGUCAUUGGGAUCGCCUACGUCCGUACAAAUAAUUACAGCACAGAUGACAGAGUGUACAACUUGGCAAGUUUGAAAAGGGGCACCGGGGGGAGAUCUAGUUUCAAUGGCAUAGUUGCCACAGUAUUUGGAGCCACUGGUUUUAUGGGCAGAUAUGUUUGCAACAGGCUGGGAAAAAUUGGAUCACAGCUGAUUUUACCAUACAGAGGUGAUAAUUAUGAACCAUUCAGGCUCAAACUGGUUGGAGACUUGGGCCAAGUAUAUUUCCAUCCCUAUCACUUGAGAGAUGAAGAGUCAAUCAUGAAGUGUAUCAAGUAUUCCAAUGUAGUUGUGAAUUUGGUGGGACGGGACUGGGAGACCAAGAACUUCAAGUUUGAUGAUGUUCAUGUUGAAGGUGCUAGGAGAUUAGCUAGGCUUGCCAAAAAAGCUGGUGUGGAAAGGUUUAUACAUUUGUCUGCCUUGAAUGCUUCUGAGGCUCCUGAGGAGGCUGGAAUUCUCAAGGGUGGUUCUAAAUAUCUGGCAAGUAAAGCAAGGGGUGAACUGGCUGUUUUGGAAGAAUUUCCUGAGGCUACCAUAUUCAGGCCAUCAGAUGUGUAUGGUCAAGAAGAUAGAUUUGUUAGGUAUUAUGCCCAUGCUUGGAGAAGACAAGGUCAGUAUUUCCCAUUGUGGCAUAAGGGUGAGAGAACUGUUAAACAACCAGUAGCAGUAUCUGAUGUGGCUACUGGUAUUAUUAAUGCAAUCAAAGAUCCUGAUACUGCUGGUCAGAUAUAUCAAGCUGUUGGGCCCAAGCGCUAUCUCUUGUCCGAACUGGUCGACUACUUCUACCGUAUCAUGCGCAAAGAUGACGAAUGGGGCUACACGCGCUACGACAUGCGUUGGGACCCGCUCUUCCAGCUCAGGGUCACCCUCACCGAGAAGCUAUCGGUGAACUGGCCCAUCGGCAAUCUCCACUGGGAGAAGAUCGAGCGGGAACACUUGACAGAUGAUGUCAAACCCGACAUACCGACGCUCGAAGAUUUGGGCGUCAAUUUGACAACGGUGGAGCAGCAGAUGCCAUGGGAGUUCAAACCCUGGACUUUCGGGAUAUACAGGGGACAGGAUCCGGACGAACCUCAAGCGCCUGCCUCUCAUCCCAAAGUUUUCGCGUGAAAACAAAUGUUGUUUGAGGAGACGAUUGAUAGUCGCAAGUUUCAAUUUUUUUGGUGAUGCAGGUUUACAAAUAUUCUGCUUUGAAGGGUAUAUAUAAACCUUUAAAAUUCAAGUUUGUUAAAUAUCUACUGUCAUGUGAAUGAAAAUUGUCCAACAUUUACAUAUUAUUUAUUUAUGUUGUCAAUAAUAAAUAAAAUACGG